AUGAUUUUUUUAAAUUUCCAUCAUCAUAUUUUACUUUUCUCCUAUGUUCUUAUUAUAUGUAUUCUACCAUCGAUCAAUGCAAGUCGAUUUCAAAUACGAAAUUCUUUACCAUUAAAAUUAAAACCAGCUGAAUACAAACAAUUUGCUAAAUAUUGUUAUAUUGAUGAUUAUUCGACAUGGUUACAAAGACAACAUGAAUUCAUGAUAUGGUUCGAGUUGGCUAUGGUACUUAAAUUACCGAUUCAUGAAGAUAAACAAUUUUUACGAGAAUACAAUCAAUAUCGUCUUCAAUAUGAAUGUUUACGAGCUGUUGAACGUUUACCUGUUUCAUUUGGUCCUGGAUAA